AUGCUGGAUAUUUAUAGUAUUGACAAAUUGAUAGAAGAUGGAGAUAUUCCUUAUGAAGAAGCUAUAAGUAAAGAUCCAAUUAACCUAGAGAAUUGGUUAUCUUAUUUAAAUCAUGUGACUUCUAAUCAAUCAGCAUCCAUCGCAUUCCAUAAACAAGUUUUCAUUUUACAUCGAGCAACUACAGCCAUUCCUCGUUCCAAACAAUUAUGGCAGACAUAUAUAAAACUAUUACUUGACCAUAGCAAUCAGCUAAACUAUACAUCCCAUAAAGAUCAAUUGCAUAAUAUCAACAAAAUAUUCGAACGAGCGAUUACUAGUUUGUUGCACGUGCCAGGCGAUGUCCUGAUUGACAUUUGGAAACCAUUCCUUGAAUUUUUAAUGAAGACACAAAUUAAUGAAGUCAGUUAUAUCAGAAGGACCUUUAAUAAAUGUCUAAGGGGUUUACCGUUGAAUCAGCAUAAAUUUAUUUGGUCCAUGUAUUUAGAAUUUGCUGAUUUUAUUGGUGGACUCACUGCCAUCAAAAUAUAUUCUAAAUAUCUACAAUAUUUAGAUCCUCAAGUAUUAAGGGGAAUCAAGGAUAAUGAAGGAAGUGGUCCUAGCAAUUUGGAAGAUUUCAUUUAUAAAUUUAUUGAGUUUGGCGCUAACAAAGAAAUCUUUUUAAAGUUAUAUCAACUCAUCCUAAGUAAACCUGAUGAUUAUCUUGGAUUACCCAAAUCCCCAGUACAAUACUUAUUUGAAUAUAUUGAUUUACUAAUGGAUUCUUCAAUCCCGGAUCUAUAUUUUGAUGAUAUUAUACAAGAUUCCAUUACUCAAUUCCCCGAUCAAAUUGCAAACUUGUAUGCAAAAUUAUCCGCCUUUUAUAAACAACGAGGAAAUCCCGAAAAGGUACGAUAUUAUUAUGACAAGGGUUUGAAAGAAAGCUUGACUGUACAAGAUUUCACCAUGAUUUAUGAUCAUUAUACUGAAUUUGAAGAACAAGAAUUAAAUAUCCUUGCAGCCAAAUUAGACAGCGACGCCAACUUAUCUUCCCUCUUUGAUUUUAAAAUGAAUAAAUUUGAAAAAUUAAUCAAUGAUAGAGAAUUAUUACUUAAUGAUAUGAUGUUACGACAAAACCCCAAUAAUCUAGAUGUUUGGUUUACUAGAUUUGAAAUCUAUAAAGACGAUUUAACCAAUUUAAUUAAAACAUAUGCCGAUGCCUUGAAAUCAAUCAAUCCAUUAAAAGUAUCAACAACCAAUAAUCAUAAACUUAAUCAAAUUUGGAUCAAAUAUGCAUCGAUCUAUUCCAAUAAUGGGGAUUAUAAAACUGCCGAUUUCAUCUAUUCCAAAUCUAUCCUUUCGCAAUAUAUCCAUCCUGAUGAAUUGGCAGAUCUUUAUAUAACUUGGUGUGAGAUGCUACUAGGAACUACCGAAUUCAACGAAGACAAACCAAUUGAAAUCUUGGAUGAGAUCUUAUAUCGUGAAUACUCUGAUAUCAAUACCAUGGAAUAUUCCGACCCAUCAAUACCGGUUCAAAAAAGAAUUACGAAAUCACCUACAUUGUGGUCAUUUUAUAUAGAUUUAUUAGAAUCAUUUAUUGACAACAAAGAACAAACAGUUGAGAUUGAAAAAGUAUGCACUGCCUAUGAUCAAUUAAUCAAAUUGAAAAUCGCCACUGUCAAAAAUAUCAUAUCGUAUGCUGAAUUUUUAGAAAAUUGGCAAUAUUAUGAACGAUCGUUAACGAUCUAUGAACGAGGAUUAAAGAUUUUUCAAGAUCCAAUUAUUAAAUAUGAGAUUUGGAAAGUUUAUAUUGCAAAAAUCAUCAAUUCUCCAAUCACAAUAGAAAUAGAAAGAGUUCGGGAUUUAUUUGAGAAUUGUUUGGAUGAUAUACCUCCACAUUUAAUGAAACCUAUAUUAAUCAUCUAUUCAAAAUAUGAGCAGGAUCACGGCUACGUCAUCAAUUCAAUCAAAGUCUUAACAGAAUCAAUUCCCAAGAUUUCCCAAGCCCAGUCAUCCCCUUCAUUCCCCAUCAAUGAUCGGAAACAAUUAGCAUCCCAAAAACUCGACAUCUACAUCAUGAUCCUUGCCAAACUUGAUGAAAUCCAAGAUAUACCCCAAUAUAGACAAUUCGCCCAACAAGCUAUCCAAGAUCAAUAUUUCUCCUUAGCUCAACUUUCACAAUUAUUCAUUCAUCAUUUUCUCAAAUUGGAAACCCGACAACCUCAAUCACAACAGCAAAAACAACGAAUUAGGGAAUUGUUCAAAUAUGUCACCAAUCUUGCCCAUCCUGAUAAAUUAUCACAAGUAUGGCAAGCAUGGGAAGAUUAUGAAUUGGAACAAGGCGAUGAAUCGAGUUUUAAGGACAUGUUACGGAUUAAGAGAACUGUAGCUGGUGAGUUUAUUCUGCAGAAACAACAAGUGCAAGAAAUUAGUAAUCCAUUGGGGUUUGUGAAAGGGAAGAAUAGUGCGCGGGCUUCAUAUAUUCAAGAAUCAACGCCGGCGGUGACAACUACGAAUCCUGAUCAGAUUGAUCUUGAUAUGUGA